UACCUGGCUCUGUCCGCUGCCCUCAUCGCGCCGAGUCGACUCGUACUUCUCUUCCGGGUCUGCGCUUUAUUUGAAAACUGGUUUUUUACCGAACCGUUUCACUGGAAGGGCGCCGUGCUGGGAAGAUGAUGGCUCCGGAGCCGCUGCGUUCAGCAACGACUAGUAAAGGCAGGGAGGACACGUCGCUCGCCUUGCCCUCCGACAACAAGCUGCACUCGGGACAGCAGCGCGUGCUGCAUCAAGUACACACUAUCGAGAGGAGCAAGUCCAAACACGGGAAGAGCGGCUCACCAACACUCUCACGAACAAGCCUGCCCUCCCAGACUUUGACAACAUAUGAGUUUGGGUCGUUCAAGUUUUCUCCAUCCAAAGCAAAUGGCUCCUUCAGUCGUACCAACUCCACUCUGUCAACAGGCUACAACAAAUCGGUAAAGACUCAGAGUCGUACCCUAUCCGCUAGAACCACGAGAGGAAGACAAGUCAGCUCUGGCUUAUGGGAUCAGCAAAUCAACACUUCCAGCUGGCCCAAGGCCACCAAUGGGCUGAGAUCUGCUCGCAGUGACCCGGCCUUGGCUCAUCCAUUUUCUGCAACCACUAUGCGAGGCAAAGGGAUGUUGGCUCAGGGCGAGCACAGCCUUCAGAGUCAGAUAAAUAGAAACAGCACCUAUUCGGUGACCGACGGCACACACAUGACCAACAGCCAGACACGUAUCGUCCAGCCGCCCUCUGCCCUGUAUCGCAAUGAGGGCAAAAUGGGCACCAUCAAAACAUCCAACAUAGAGCAGCAAGCAGCGGCUAACAGUGCGAUAAACAUGCCAGACAUGACCCUAAAGGAGGCUGUAGUGUUCCUGUCUCACCAUGAAGAGAAUUACCAGCAGUGCGGCGCCACCUUCAUCCACCACGCCUCCUUCAAAGAGGAGAGCGCCAAACGGGAGGUUUUGAAACUACAAGGUAUCCCUGUUUUGGUGUCACUUCUGCGGAGCCCCUAUCCUGGGGUGAGCCAGGCUGUUGCUGGUGCUCUGAGAAACCUGGUAUUCAAAGACCAGAACAACAAGCUGGAGGUUCAGCGCUGUGGCGGUAUAGCCAAGGCCCUGCAGCUACUAAAGGAGACAAAUUCUACUGAGACCCAGAAACAAAUCACUGGCCUUUUAUGGAACCUGUCCUCUGCCGAUGAACUGAAGGCAGAACUUAUAGCUACAGCGCUGCCUGCACUGACUGAGAAUGUGGUGGUGCCAUUCACCUGCUGGUCAGACGACAGCGCCAACAACAACAUACACCCCGAUGUCUUCAACAGCGCCACAGGGUGCCUUCGGAACCUGAGCUGCGGCCAAAUGAAGGAGAGGCAGGCAAUGAGAGCGUGCCGUGGCCUCAUUGACUCCCUCAUGGGUUAUGUCCAGUCCUGUGUGGCAGAGGAAAGCCCUGAUGACAAGUCUGUGGAGAACUGUGCAUGCAUCCUCCAUAACUUGACUUAUAAACUGGAGGACGAGUCUCCCGAGUGCUUCAACAAGUUCCAACUUGAGAAAGAAGGCCAACAUGGGAGAAUGAAAAGCCCCACGAUUGGAUGCUUCAGCCCAAAGAGCAGCAAGGCUCAAAAGGAGUUUUUAUUUGAUGCGGUGCGGGGGAUGCCAGAGGACAGCAAGCCAUCAGGUGUGAAGUGGUUGUGCCAUCCCAUAGCCAUGCAGACCUACCUGUCUCUGCUAGGCUCGUCCCAGAAUGGUGCCACACUGGAAGCCUGCAGUGGUGCCCUGCAGAACCUCACUGCCGGCAAGGGACUGGGGUCGAGUGCCAUGUCUCAGAUUCUGGUUCAAAAGCUGGGGGCUCUGCUGCACAUACCCCGUCUUUUAAAGUCUCCUAACCGGAGCCUGCAGAAGACUGCCAUGUCCCUUCUGGGUAACAUGUCUCGGACCAGCAGUUUGCAGACUACCAUGGCAAAGCAGAUUCUGCCUGAGCUCACCAGCCUCGUCUCCUCUGGCCCUCGAGAGAUGGGAAACUCUGACGAAACAAUAGCAACAGCAUGCAACACAUUGCGGAGUCUGAUGUUGGCAGACACUGAGGUCAGCAAGAAGUUUGUCAAAAGUGAACUGGUGUCAUCAGUGGCUGACCUCUGCGAGAACCCCUCUUUCCCCAAAGGCAACAAAGCAGCUUCCUUGCUCCUCUACAGCUUAUGGAACGAUAAGAAUUUGCAAGGCAUAGCGAAAAAGCAGGGGAUGGCCAAAUCACUUUUUGUCAAUGACAGCUAUGCACAGGUCGGUGCAGGUUAUUGAGUGAGCGUGGCGGACGAGUGGAAAGGUACCGCAGAGCCUGAGAGUCGUGUGUGUGCUUGCAGAUGAGCUCCAGCAUGUAUAGACAACGAUGUGGCCACACCCUUUCAACAAGGAGAGUAAAAUGACAUUCUUUACUUAUAACCUUGUUGAAAGAGUCUAGUAAUUAAGAGUCAAUCAAACAUUGCCUAUAAUUUAGUGAAAAGAGAGCUUCUAAUCUCAUGAGUAAUCCUGCAGUGUUUCAUAUAUUUAAUUUGAAUAUGUUUCUGCCUGUGAAUAGAAAGUGGUAAAGUCUGCAUGUACUGAAACCCAGUUCUUCUAGCCUGACAGCUGCAAUACACCAGGCAAUGUUAUCUGCACUGGUCUUUCACUUAAGCCAUGCUGAGAUUAUUUACAUUUAUGAAUGGCAUUGUUGUCAGAUGUGUCUAUUUGCAGUGUCUAAAUGA